GAGCAGGUCAAGUAUUGAACCUGCUUCUGAUCAAGUUGUACACAUCUGACGGUUGAGAAUUGUUAAAAUCAAGAAGUCAAGGUAUAAAGUGAAGAAUAUCAAAAGACAAGAAUCAUCUCUUGAAAAAGAAAUCAUACAAGAUAAAUCCAUACUAAAGAAAUGGAGAUCGAUUCAAAUCACAGACGACCAAGACCAAUUUGCUUCAAACUUCGAUCAUCCUCAACUUUCAUUCUAAUAGUGGUCGGAUUUAGUCUCUCCCCAGAUCUCUUUCUCUAUGGACUCGUCAUUCCAGUCUUACCUUUCGCACUCAAUCAACUGGUCGGAAUCCCAGAUCAAGAUAUUCAACCUGUCAUAUCUGCUCUCUUAGCAGCUCAUGCAUUAGCAGCGGUUCUUUUUUCUCCAAUCGCUGGCUUGAUCGCUGAUGCUGGUAAGGGUCGCUUACCCUUCCUAUUUGGAUUGGUAGCCAUGGCUGCUUCUACUGCUUUACUCUGUUUUGGAAGAACAAUCCCGCUUCUAUUGUUGGCUAGAGUUCUUCAAGGACUCAGUGCUGCUAUCGUUUGGACUGUAGGAUUGGCAUUAGUAGUCGAUACAGUUGGAUCCGAUAAACUUGGAUCUGCCUUGGGCUCGAUCUAUGGUGUCAUCUCUGUGGGAAGUUUAGCAUCUCCGACUCUAGGAGGGAUCGUUUAUUCUCGAUUUGGAUACUAUGCUGUCUACGAACUAGCUGGAGCCAUCUUAUUGAUCGAUAUCAUCCUUCGUUUACUCGUCAUUGAACGUAGUGUAGCUGAGACCUAUCAACCAUCAAACCCAGAAGAAGCAGUCACAGAGCAAACGAGCUUAUUACCAAGAUCACCCGAUCGAUCCAACCCACCACCUUCUACUAAUCCCAUCAUUCGAUCUUUUCCACUUCUCAAAAUCCUUCUUCAUCCACGAUUACUAUCUGCAUUAUUUGUCACAUUUACCCAAGCAAGCUUAUUAGCAACCUUUGAUGCAACAGUUCCAAUUCAUGUUAAAGAAAUCUUCGGAAUGGAUUCAUUACAAUCAGGUUUACUGUUCAUUGCUAUCCAAUUACCUUACCUAAUCACAGGUCCAAUCUUUGGAAAAUGGGUAGACCAUAGUGGUGCAAGACCUGCCAUAAUCUUUGGUUCGAUAAUUCUAAUUCCUACUUUAAUCUUCUUAAGAUUACCACAUCAAUCAAAAGAAGAAUGGUGGAUUCAAGUGAUUGGAUAUACCAGCCUUUUAACUUUUUCAGGAAUCGGUCUUUCUGCUAUCGGUGGUCCUUCACUUGUAGAUGCAAGUCAAACGGUUUGCGACUUACAUAAAUCGUUUCCUGAUUUGUUUGGUCAUAAAGGUCCAUAUGGUCAACUGUAUGCUGUCAAUAAUGUGGUAUUUAGUUUAGGUAUGACAAUUGGACCUUUACUUUCAGGUGGAUUAGCCGAUCAAAUCAAUUAUGGUAAUUCAAUGGCAGUGAUGUCUUUACUUUGUUUAGCUUCAUUUCUGGUGGCUUGGUUUGGUAUGAAAGAUAAAGAUUUGAUGGGUACAAGGAAAAGUAAUGUUGUAACGACUAGAUGAUGAUUUUUUUUGUUUCUUUUUCGUUUUCUUUUAUUGUGGACUGUAUUCUAUGCGGAUUGGUUUUUUUUUGCUUAUAAGUCGUAGUGUAUAUUGGUUCUAGAUUGUAAUAGUAUCAAACUUUGCUGAGCUGACCUU